UUUACACAUGCGCAGUGGCGUGCAGUCUUCGAGAGAUUCGUCCAUUUGUCACACGAAUCUUAUGUCUUUAUUUCUCGAUUAUUUGUAUUUGCCCGGUGAAGCAGCGUUCAUGUAAUUUUUCUAGGAGCAAAAAUGUAAGGAUUAAAAAGUUUUAAGUACUCUUGACGUUUCGUGUGAUUGAAACUCUCCAAGCAACGCGCGAUCGUUUCACGAGGAAAGGUUAAUCGCGGAAUCGGAAUGAGCGAAGAGUAACGAAAGGCAAGGAGUUCUGCUCGAAGUUACAUGAUCGGUGCCCACGGUACACAGUGCUCGGCCAGAUCAAACCCAGUCUUGCGGAUCGGAAUACAUCUGUAAGAAGAAGAUAAAGAAGAAAGUACGUAGCACGGAACGACGACAAUGUGCGCGUUGUAUCCCCUCCCCCUCCUACGUGUAUAGGAUACAUUGUGACAGUUUUGACGGAACAUCGUGCGACUCGCAUACCGCGUUCGCCCGAGUCUCGUCGACAUCGCGGCACCAGAACUCCGUGAUGUCACUGUCAAAAACCCCACCGGACGAGUUGGCGACGCUGGCGAGGUACGUCCGUGCGAAUAAUCAUCGCGGCAUCGCCACUUACCUCGAUCAAUUCAAGAGCGACCCGAGGCGAUGCAAAGAAUUCGUCAGGCGGACCAGCUGCCUCGACAUCCUCAUCCAGCUUCUGUGCUGCAAGAACUCCAGGAUCGUCGACAGGAGCCUGAGCUUACUCGCGGACGUUUGCAUGACCGACGACGUCAGGAAGAAGGUAAGAAACAGCAAGAUAGGAUUCAACAUAGUGCUCAUAAUAGAAAAUGUUGAGCUGAAUCCCAUGCUGCACUGUCGUGCUUGCAGACUCAUCAGUAACUUGUCCGAAUGUAGUUGGCACGCCAAAGAAUUGUGCGAUGUUGGAAUAAUGAAACCACUUGUGGCACUCCUAACAUCAAAAACCAAUGUACAAACGUAUUGCAUGGCUAUCAGAGCUGUAAGAAAUAUCUGGAACGUUAACAGAAGUAUUAGGGAAACGAUGGUAAAAUUGGAAAUUGUCAAACUAGUUGCUCAAUUAUUUGUUAUGGCUGAAGAGAGGUCUAAUGUGGAUACUAAGUACGGCAAACUCAUGGAUGCAUGCUUGAAAGCCAUGUGUAUAUUUCUCAAUACUUUAGAUCCACGAUGCGGUGAACAGAUGCACGUGGACAAAAACAUGUUGGGCUACAAGUGCCUCAUGCGUUGCUGCAGCGUGAGCAACAAUAAGAUGGCUAUUAAAUGCCUUUAUACUCUCUGUCAAAUACCAGAAUGUCGAUUGAGUCUGGGUAUUUCUGGCACAGUCGAGGAGCUUAUAGCGCUGAUAAACAUAGCAGAUACUAGCUCCAGCCAUCUAUCCAAGGAGAUGCUGUUUAGUUUGUGUUUAUUUUGUCGAGAAUCGGUAAAUCGAGAUAGGAUCAGACAGGGCGAUGGAUUACAGGUUUUCGUGACAUUAUUGAACAAGCCCGAGCACAAACAUCAUCAUCUCAGGUUGUUGGAAGCGCUCUCACUAUUCAUCCAUGACGAUAUUGGUCUCGACAUUCUGACAAAGCAUGGUAUAUUGGAGGUCCUGGUAGCAAAAUUGAUGGAUGUUGUAGCUAAGAACAGCGACAGAAACAGCAUAUCGAGAAAACGUACCAGCGAUUUUCUAAUUGAUGAUUAUUGCAAAAGGCCUUCCAAAUACCCAACUUCGAGAUAUAGUAUGGAUUUUUACCGCGACGAUUGGAGCCCGAGGAGUGCUACAAGCGCUUCCUCUUCGUCGCCACCUAGCACACCACCUUUGCCAUCUUAUUCUGAUUUCAAUUCAGAAAUGGAUGAUCUCGAAGAUAAUGUUUAUAGUCCAGUCUGCAGCGACAAGGAAUGCGAUAACGACGAAGAAGAAGAAGCUGCUUCCCCUAAGAGCUACAAAUCACUAACAACCAUCGAAGCUGAUUCCGAUUCUUCCUCUCUCAACUCUGAGACACCUUCAGAAACAAAUGCCUGUGAAUACUACACGUUAAUGUUGCUGAGUAAAUUAAGUCUCUCCCUUAAACCUAUCGACAAACUGGCCGAAUCGACGACCAUCAAAUCGCUGAUGGAUUACAUAAAGUAUGCAAAGAGGCAAAACUUUUUUUUAAAAGGCACUGCAGUCAAAAUAUUUAUAAGAAUUAUAGGGAAUGCGGUAUAUUUCAUGCCGUUGCUGAAGCAGGGAUUAGUGUUCGAGAUGCGAACUCUGCCAGAAAUGGAACAGUGCACGCAGUAUUUGCGUACGGUGGCGGAAACCGGCGGUGCCACCGGGCAGUUAUCGUUUAUAUUGCUGCGCGGCGAAGAGGAAUGCAAAUUAUUGACUGCGGUGUCGAUACCGCUUCUGAUUAAGACACAGGACACCCUCAAGUGUUUGCUAAAAAAGUAUGGCGGACUACAGCUGAUAUUCCGUUUGCUUGCGGAUUCGUCGCACAAGUUACACAAGCAGGCGAUCUGGUCGAUCUGUCAGUUGGCGAAGACGCUCGAGAUUCAUCCAUCGGAUGAUUACUCGAUUGCUGAAACAGCGACGAACGUCUGCGAGACGAACCGUACAAAACUAUCUGAAUCGUUGACGGUGACAUUUGAACUUGAUGACGGCACAACUAUUGAGGCUUGCAAGCAAGUAUUGUGCCAGAAUUCGCCUGUCUUCUUCGCUAUGCUUGAGGGUAAUUUUAGUGAGUCGAACAAGAGACGAAUACGGCUGAGAAAUACGUCGCGCGACGGCCUGAAAACGCUAAUACUUGCAACCAACAAAGUCAAACUCGAAAAUCGAAGCAUUGAAUCACUAUUGGAUGCCGUACUGUUGGCCGAUUAUUUCCUCAUGCCGGACCUAAUAGACACGUUAACCGAAAACUCGGUAAACAAGCUCAAUCACGAGAAUUUCUGUCGAGCCUGGCGCUGGGCUAAAAAUCACUCCUGCUAUGAGUUUAGAUCUUAUUGUAUCAAGAGCUUUCUUACCUCGAAAAUGUCGUGGAGUGAAACAAUGCGAACAUUCCGCGAUUUCUACACUACCGGUAAUGUCUUCGACGAGUUCCUAUGCGAAAUCAAGGAUAUAAUUACGGACGUAUUGUGCCAAUGUUAAAAAUAUUAGACAAUCGAAUUCGGAUCAGUGCAAUUGUGACGAGAAUAAGAAAUAUUUCGAUCAUUACAAAAAAUUUUAGAAGAAAUUAAAUAUGAGACAGGUUCUGAAAUAGGAUUAGAGUAAACUUUUCUUUUUUAUCAUUAAUUUAUGUGUUUACUCUAUUCUUUAGAAUUUUUUUAAAGGGAAUUCUUUGCAUAAGCUUGGUACAUUUUUAAUUGCGAAAUUAUUUGAUAAUUAUAUGUCUCUGAAAAAGAUUAAAAAAUCCCAAAAUUUUGAGUGGAGAUAAUAACAAGUAAAAUGUAAUAAAGAUAUCCUAACAAUAUAUUGUAAACGCAUAUUUAAUCAAAGAUUAUAACAAGUUUUUAAGAUAAUUUUCUUUUAAAUUAAAUUUGUGAUUUACUGCAUCUUUUACACGAUAACAAUAAUGUUACUUACAAUUAUGAUAAAAUUCUAUGUAAAUUUUCUUCAUUUUUACAUGUAUUUAUAUAAAUUAUUUAUUGAAAAUAAAAGUUUAAUAGCAAAAAUGAUCGAAGAUUUCAUGCAAUCAAAUGCAGAUUUAAGUAUUGAGUCAUAAUUAUGAUGUAAUGAUUUUGUAAGGUUUACCAAAAUGUCUGAAUGACGUUAUUAAUAUUAGACAUUGAUACAUUUUACGGUUUUUUAAACAUAUAUUUUAUUAGAUAUACAUUUUUAACACAAUAUUGAUAGAGACGAAUCUUCUUCAGAGACAUAUGUAUAUGAGCUUGUAAUUAAAUAGGAGUUUUUAAAUUAAAAACUUACCUUAUUUAUAUCUUGUUAUAUAUGAUAUAUUAAUUUUGUACAUAUCUUGAGAUGUUCCAAGCAUUCUAAAUAUUUGUAUAUAAUAUAAAAAUACUUAUAAAAUCAUCAUCUUCCAAA